AUGCCCCUCGCGUUCGACUGUCGCCCCCCCAGCCCUCCGUCCCCUCCGCUCCCGCCAGACCGCUGCCCCGCUUCCCGGACUCCAGCGGCGGCGCGGGCCCCGCAGAGGCCAGGCUCGCCCCCUCAGGGCCGCUCGCCGCCUCCCUGCACAAAGCUGCAGCUACCGCGGCAGCCCUGCCGCCCGCAGCAGCGGCAGGAGCGGGGCAGGCUCCUCCCGCCAGGCCGGAGCUGUCACCGGCAGGGCAGGGGCUGCGCCGGCAGCGCCCGAGCCUGCGGGCAGAGCGGCCUGCGGAGGGCUGGCCCGGCCGCCGCCGCCUCCUUCCCAGGCUGCUCUCCCCGCUUCCCCCGGCUCCGCCAGCCGCCCAGCGGCGCAGGGCAGCCGGGCGCGGCCCGCCGCAGGCCCUCCACCUAG